CGAGGAGGAAAGGCCGGGGACCAACUGAUAAAAUUAACGAUCCAACUCUUAUUGUUUCACCAUAAUUUCAUUCUUGGUUUAAAAUUCAUGCUGAAGAGAAACAGCUACCGCAUCAGGAAACGCUUUUCAAAGGAAACAAUUAAACAUGACUGAUGAGGAGCCUUUAUCAGCAGACGCAGCAUCAGGGAUAGUUCCAAUAUCAAGCGACCCAUUCUCUGAUGAAGAGCAAAGAAGCGAUCCAGAGUCAAGUCAGCCAACUUCUUUGCCAAAACUCGGAUUUUGGAACGAUGAUCCAGAGCAAAAUGCCAAGCCCGUUUGCGUGCUUGUGGUUCAUUACACUUUUUCCGGUCAAAGGGGUGACCGAAGUAAAGGAGACAAAAUAGAUCUGGAAAAUUUAGAGACCGCUUUCAAAUCGCGGCGGAAUUGUCGCUUCAGACGAAUGUCUCCUGGCAAAGAGGAGCUUUAUAGCAUUUUAGAGAACAAACCAGUGCCUGGAAAUAACAAUCUCGGACGUUUGCAAGCGAAGUUUAACUUGCAACAAGAUGAGGUGCCGGAAGUUUUUGCGCUUUUCAUUAUGACUCACGGGAAAAAAGACGGAGUGUUGGAUACAGAUAAGGAUGAAACAAUUCUGAUCAGUGACAUAUUUGUUAAACUGGGAAAUGAUUUUCUGAAGGAUUGCCUGAAACUAGUCUUUGUUUCUGCGUGCCGAGGAGAGUUUUUAGAAAUGACUGAAAAUAGUGAAGAUUUCACGGACUCUAAACCUAUUCCUGUGGCAGUCAAACUAAAAACUACGGAUUUUAAAGGGAUGGAAAAUUUAGACGCCGUGAAGGUCACGACUGAGCCCAACUUGCCAAAUUUUGUGAUAGUUUACUCAACUGUUGAGGGAUCGUUUUCUUUGAGAGAAAAUAAAACCGGAACGCAAUUAGUCCACGCCGUUUGUGAAAGUUUGAACAAUCUUGAACGGGACACCGAGCUGAGUGUUUUUCUGACGAGGGUCAUGAAACUUGUGCACGACAAACUUGCAAAAAGGGAAUUCGGCUGCACUCCGCAAAUUCAGAUUUUCCCCCACAAGAAAUUCACGAUUUCCAGUGCUGAUGCUGCAACUAGAAAUAAUGGAUUGGUUAUUCCGCUAGUCUACGAUUGGUAUUCAACGAGGGAGAAAAACAUAUGCGAAAAAGAAGCCCACUUUUACUGGCAGGGAUACAACGUGGACGCAAAGGAGCUUAUGGAAUUUUUUGCUAAAAAACUGAAAUUUAGAGUCAAGCAUCACUCAAAAUAUUGCGACCUACAAUCUGCCGUAAACGGAGAAGUGAGCACGGACGGCUGCGUUCUGAUUUGCGUGAUCGCCCAAAUGACCGUUGACGAAGAAACAAAAGAGAUUUUUAUGUCCCCAAAGAAAGAGGCUAAGAUGUCGAUUGCUUCUCUGCAACACAAUUUGAUAGGCCCCAAAAACAAGCGAUGGAUCGGCAAACCUAAAGUUUGCCUCUUUCUACAUCAGUCAUAUGUUGGAACAGACUCUGUUUGCAUCUUCAACAAAUCUUCUAAACCAUUUGAGCUACAAAAAUGUGGGACUAUACAUAGUGGUCUACUCAGCAUUAUCCUUCCAUGUGAAGACGCCACAGCAAAAAUUCACGAGGCGCUGAGCUCAGCCAAUCUGCAAAGUGGAAACCUCCACUUGCAACAAGUGUUCAUGGAUGUCCUGAGAACAACUGCAGAUUGCAGUGAAACACAGCCUCAGUUUUGGAGCACCUUGCAAUACCUUUUGGACUUUCCAAAUCCUUACCUUCUGCUGCGUCCGAGCUUUGACAAAAACGCCAACCUGGCUUUGAAACACAUGACAAAGGAAAAUUCACAAUCGCAGGACGCGGUGGACGGAAAAUGCUCCUACAAAAUUUGUUUGCUUUCGUCUCCGUCUGGCUUGGGAAAAACCCUUUUGACGGAGCACCUGACCGAUAAAUUGCGACAGACAAAUUUGCUGGUGACAAAAAUUCAGGUGCCGAAGGAACUCCAUUUCCUGGAGAACUUCAACUGGGACCUUGGAGUGAAGGAGUUUAUCGAGGCUAAAAACAAGGGCCGGAAAUUCAGCCCCGGCCAGGAGAUAGUUUUGCUCGACGGUUUCGACGCAGUGGAUUUUUCAAAAAGAGAACCGGUUUUGCAAAUGCUGGCGAAAAUCGCCAAAGAAAAAAUCCCUCUUUGGGUCACGGCCCGGCCCUGCGACGAGCAGCGAAUAAUUGAGGCGUUGGGCGAAUUUCAAGUGGAGCUUUUGACCAUCGACAAGUUGCAACAAGAGGAGCAAAUCGAGCUGCUCAAAAUGCAUCACGACUUGGAUGACGAGCAGUGCGCGCAACUCUUGGCCAAAAUCGAGCACAUGCAAGCGCAGGAUUUACUGCAAAACCCUUCAAAUUUGGUUCAAGUUGCAAAAUUAACCACAGAAUGUCCCGAAAUAAAUUUGUCUGAACUCUGUCGUUAUAUCUUGCUGGAAAAAGUGAAGACCGAAAUGAAUUUAAGAGAGGGUAUUUGCGGAGAACGUGCCUUCUCAUGGAUGAAAUGGAAAAAAAGGUUGGCAGAGCUGCAGGUAAUCGCUUGGCACCACUUUGCAGGUAAAAAGUGGACUCCUAGUAGCAGAGAGGACGAGUGGAAAAUUAACGGAAUGGGAAUCGUGACAAUUGCUGGAGGAAAAGCAGCAUUUGGAAACAAAACACUGGCGCAGUUUUUAUUAGCAUCUCAUUUGUGCGCAGGCGAGGGUAAAAAGAGCUCAGUUAAAAAAGUACUGAAGAGUGAGGAAAAUGUUUGCAAAAUGAUGGAGGAAAUUGAUAACAAAAAGCUGUAAAUGGCUUAAUUGAGACAAUCAGCAGGCUUUUAUUUGAAAAAUGAGGAAAUUAUUCACCAGCGUAGAAAAACAAAUUUGAUUUUAGAUGGAAAUAAAAAUAAUUCAAUUUUAAUAAACAAGGUUUUCAUUUAAAAUAAGAAAUAAAAUAUAAGAUACAACGAAUCCUUAAUUUAUAUGGUCACGGUUCACUGAUUUAUUACU